AUGGCUGGACGAUUCGUCAGAGCGUCGAAGUAUCGACAUGUCUUUGGCAAGCCUACGAGAAAGGACUUUUGCUACGACAACAUUCACAUUAGCCGCAAUGCUUGGGACACCAACCUGAUCAAGGUCAACCCCGAAUAUCUCUCCGUCAAUUGGGACUCGUCCGGCGGCGGCGCCUUUGCUGUCAUCCCUCUCAACGAGCGAGGCAAGCUGCCCGACCAGAUUCCCCUGUUUCGCGGCCACACAGCUGCCGUCCUCGACACCGACUGGCACCCUUUCAAUGACCGAUUCAUUGCCUCGGCCUCUGAAGAUGGCAAGGUCUUCCUCUGGGAGGUCCCGGAAGACUUUACCCUCUACACCGACGCGGAAGAAAUCCCCAACGUUUCGCCCGUGAGCAAGCUUGCAGGCCACUCCAGAAAAGUCGGCCAGGUCCUCUUCAACCCCUCGGCCGAAAACAUCCUCGCCUCCGCCUCGGGUGACUACACGAUCAAGAUCUGGGACGUCACCACGGGCCAGUCGCCCCUGGCGCUGGCCCACGGCGACAUUGUCCAGAGCCUGACCUGGAACGCCGCCGGCAGCAUGCUCGCCACCACCUCGCGCGACAAGAAGAUCCGCGUCUGGGAUGUGCGCCAGGAAAAGCCCGUCCACGAGGCGCCGGGCCACGCCGGAGCCAAGAACAGCAGGGCCGUCUGGAUGGGCGAGCACAACCGCUUCGCCACUACGGGCUUCUCCAAGAUGAGCGAGCGCCAAAUAGCCCUCUGGGAGCCCGGCAACCCUGAGCCCAUCGGCGGCUUCACCAUGAUUGACUCCAUCUCUGGUGUCUGCAUGCCAUUCUGGGAUGAUGGCUCCAACUGCCUUUACCUUGCUGGCAAGGGUGACGGCAACAUUCGCUACUACGAAUAUGAGAACGAUAAGUUUGAGUUCCUCAGCGAAUACAAGUCUCCCGAUCCUCAACGUGGUAUUGCCUUUGUUCCCCGCCGUGGCAUCAAUGUCCACGAAAACGAAGUCAUGCGCGCCUACAAGACCGUCAGCGAUAGCUACAUCGAGCCCAUUUCCUUCACCGUGCCUCGUCGCGCCGAGACCUUCCAGGCUGACAUCUUCCCCCCCGCCGUUGGCACGAAGCCUGCCUGCUCUGCCAAGGAGUGGCUCGACGGCAAGACCGGCAUUCCCAGCAAGAUCGAUCUCGAGAGCGUCUACGAGGGCACUGCCCCCAAGGAGGUUGCCUCGGACUACAAGGCCCCUGUUCAGUCCGCGCCCUCCACACCAAAGGCCGAAACGAAGCGCGAGGAGCCUAAACGCGAGGAGCCGAAGCCUGCCGUCUCCCGUGCGCCCCCGCCCAGCAUCAAGGACCAGAAGAGCUCGAUCUCCAACAUGGCCAACAAGUUCCAGGAUAACGAGGAGGACGAGGACGAUGACGCCGAUACUACCUCUAGCUUCGAAGAUAUUGGCCGCCCCGCCCAGCGCAACACCGUCCCGGUCCGUGCCGCCGAGCCUAAGCUGCCGACCAAGACGACCUCGGCGCCGGCGCCCGCACCGGCUGCCACUCCCAUCAUCGCUCCGGCGCCUGUCACUGCCGCCACGCCCAGCCGCACGCCUGUCGGUGCUUCCACCCCUGUGGGAGGCACAGCCGUCGAGUCGUCCCUGGAGCAGAUCAAGCAGCUGAUUGAGAACCAGACCAAGAUCAUCACGCAGCAGAAUGACAAGAUCGGCCAGCUGACGCAGGAAGUCGAGCUGCUGAAGCGCAAGGUUGGCUCCACGGGAUCGCAGGACCAGAACGAGCGCAUCCGGCAAUUAGAGCUGGAACUGGAAGAAGCCCGCUCAUAA